AUGAAGUGUGUGAGCCACCAGCAGGCUUGCCAGCUGUUCCACAACAAGUUCAUUGUGGUGCUGGGAGAUUCCAUUCAGCGGUCUGUAUACAAAGACAUUGUUGUCCUUUUGCAGAAGGACAAAUAUCUCUCCGUAAAACAACUCAAGUCCAAGGGUGAGAUGACCUUUGAACAGGACUGCCUGAUAGAAGGGGGUUGUCUGAACCCAAUGAAUAAUGGAAUAGAGUACAAGGAGGUCCGGCAGUUUCAGUCCGCCCACCACUUGGUCCGCUUCUACUUUGUGACUCGCAUCCAUUCUCGUUACAUGCAGAGCAUCCUAGAAGACUUCCGGCACGGGUUGAAACCAGAUGUGGUCAUUGUCAACUCCUGUGUUUGGGAUAUUUCCAGAUACAAUUCCAGUUGGAUCACUGACUACAAGGAGAACUGUAAUAAGUUCUUUGAUGAGCUGAGUUUGAGUGUGCCAGAGGAGACCCUGGUCAUAUGGAACCUCACCAUGCCUCUGGGAGAGAGGAUCAAAGGCGGUUUCCUGGUUCCUGAGAUUGCACACAAGGCUCCCCAGCUGCGUUACGAUGUGAUUGAAGCCAACUUCUACAGCGGAACUCUGGCUAACAGCUACGGGAUGGAUGUGUUGGACCUCCACUUCCAGUUCCGCUUCUCCCUGCAGCACCGCACGCAUGACGGAGUCCACUGGAACGCCCUCGCCCACCGCAGGAUAACCUCACUGCUGGCACAGCACACCGCACAGGCCUGGGGAGUGUCUUGUCCUCUGGCUGUUGUUGAAGUGCUUCGAGCAGACAACUCCAAUUAUCGCUGCCCUCUUCCAAGCAACUACUUUUCCAACACAGAUUCGCACCAACCAAAGAGACAUUAUAACGACUACAGGGAGGAAUUCUAUAGCGAUUCCCUCCCUUCUGGCUUCUUGAACUUUGAAGAGAACAACCCGCGGCAGCAGGAACCUCGGCAUGCGAGCGCAAGAGCUUCCAGAUCUUCCGCCCAGCCACAGCCUCAUCUACCUGCCAACAGACGUCAAGACAAACAUGCAGACGACAGAAACAGUUCCAACUACAGGCCUCCUCGCCACAUUGAGCACCAACAGUACGUGAUGAGGAGCCGACACACCAGACAUCACUACGCUCCAUAUACCCAUCACAGACCCCGUCAACACAACCACCACGGUCACUACUACUACUGA